CCCUCCUUCUCUCUGUCAAAACACAGCGACGCGGCCGCCAGACGAGCACGCGUCUUCCGACGAGAGAGUCCGAUUCAGUCCGGAAGAAACACCACAAGCCCCGGGAGAGUCGUCUCCUGACCGACGCUAAAUUAGCGAAAAAAAAAACACCCCAAAACAAUGGAGGAGAAGCUGUUCACGAAAGAAGUUGACCAGUGGAUCGAGCAGCUCAACGAGUGCAAGCAGCUGUCGGAGGGACAAGUGAAAACGCUUUGUGAAAAGGCGAAGGAGAUCCUCACCAAGGAGUCAAACGUCCAGGAGGUGAGAUGUCCGGUGACUGUGUGCGGCGACGUGCACGGCCAGUUCCACGACCUCAUGGAGCUCUUCAGGAUCGGAGGGAAGUCUCCAGACACAAACUACUUGUUCAUGGGAGACUAUGUCGACAGAGGGUACUACUCUGUGGAGACCGUCACUUUACUAGUAUCGCUUAAGGUUCGCUACCAGGAGCGCAUCACCAUCCUGCGAGGGAACCACGAGAGCAGACAGAUCACGCAGGUCUACGGUUUCUACGACGAGUGCCUACGCAAAUACGGCAACGCCAACGUGUGGAAGUACUUCACGGACCUGUUUGACUAUCUGCCCCUCACCGCCCUGGUGGACUCUCAGAUCUUCUGCCUUCACGGAGGCCUGUCGCCAUCCAUAGAUACUCUGGAUCACAUCAGAGCGCUGGACCGCCUGCAGGAAGUGCCCCACGAGGGUCCCAUGUGCGACCUGCUGUGGUCCGACCCUGACGACCGCGGCGGCUGGGGCAUCUCCCCCCGAGGAGCCGGCUACACGUUUGGUCAGGACAUCUCGGAGACCUUCAACCACGCCAACCGCCUCACGCUGGUGUCCCGCGCCCACCAGCUGGUCAUGGAGGGUUACAACUGGUGCCAUGAGAGGAACGUGGUGACCAUAUUUAGUGCUCCCAACUACUGCUAUCGCUGUGGCAACCAGGCGGCCAUCAUGGAGCUCGACGACACCCUCAAAUACUCAUUUCUGCAGUUUGACCCAGCGCCUCGCCGAGGGGAGCCCCACGUCACUCGCCGCACCCCGGAAUACUUCCUGUGAAUUUUGACCUCUGACCCCUGUACAGUCGGGUCUGGCAUUACCAUGAUGUAUGACCUUGAACCAAUAACCACAUGAAUGACUGGGAGGGGGGGGGGCUACACAGCCGUGCACAUCGUACAUCAACACACAAACCUGUUUAAAAGAAGAACCCUGAAGUCUGCGUCUUUGAAGGGACCAAAAGGUGUGUGCCAUAAAUAGUGGGGAGAUCUCCCCACUAUUUAAAGUUCUUCAUGUGGCCGGACCCCCCCCCCCCACCCACAUGCUGCCACGGCUUAUAUUUACCAGAUAUAAACCUGAUCUCUUUGCACUUUUUGUAAAUUUAAAGAAAUGUAACAUAUGUCAAAAGAUGGAAAUUAUUUCACACUAAACAUGCCUUUGUUAUUAUUAUUUUUUAUGACAAAUAAAGCCCCCACCAGGCGAAGGUAUCUUUGUCCUGUGGACCUUCUUCUAAUGAGACAAUGGUGUUUAUUCAAAUCAGCCGACUGACUCCCUCUGAACUACAGAGUCUGUGUGAAACAAAGCGAUUGAAUAAUAAAGACAAAGUGGCUCCUUCA